AUGGCAGCUAAGUUGGUUGUAGUACUCGCCGCCGUGGCCGCUGUGGCUCACUGCUCAGUGGUGCCAGUUGCGCGAGCAGACGCCGACUACACGAGCUUCGCUUACGACGUGGCCGACCCUUACACCGGUGACUUCAAGAGUCAAGUUGAAACCCGCGUUGGUGGCAACGUCCAGGGACAAUACUCACUGCUUGACGCUGAUGGCACAAAACGCACAGUUGACUAUACUGCUGAUGAUGUCAAUGGAUUCAAUGCAGUAGUCCGUAAAGACCCUGCAGUUAUUGCAGCUGCCCCAGCUGUUGUAGCUUCAGCUCCAGCAGUUGUUGCCUCAUCACCAGCCGUUGUUGCCUCAGCUCCAGCUGUUGUAGCUUCAGCUCCUGCUGUUGUUGCCUCGGCUCCAGCCGUUGCAGCUGUUGGUCCUUCCGUCGUAGCUGCACGAACUCUUGCCGCUCCUGCCGUUUAUGCUGCAUCUGCUCCGGCAGUCGUAGCCAGCCAUACUCUUUCUGGAUCAGCUGUCUAUGCUGCAGCUGCCCCAGCUGUUGUUGCCACCCGUACAGUCGCUGCUCCAGCUGUCUACGCUGCAGCUGCCCCCGCAGUGUUUGCAUCCCGUGCAAUUGCUUCUCCUGCAGUUUACGCCUCUUCCCCUGUAUCUUACGCUGCCUCCGCUCCGUCUCUCGUAGCUAAGGCCUAUGGUGCUCCUUCCUACUAUGCUGCAUCUUACGCAGCACCUUGGUAUUCUGCUGCCGGCCACGGUCUUCUCGCUGCCCGUGCCUACCCAUCACCUUACUAUGCAGCCUACGGAGUACACCCCGCCCCUCUUAAUUACUGGUAA